AUGUUUAAUUUAAGUGAAGGCGUAGAGGGUCUGCUGCACAACACUGCAGAGUUUUCGCCUAUAGGGCUGCUGCUAAGCGGUUGUCUUUGGGUGUAUGUACACCAGAGACUUUCUAUAAAUAUACCUUUCUUCUUCCUCCCUGAUAAAGCCUGGAGGGAGCACAAACGAAAAAUACUGCUAUACAAACAACAACAGCAGCAGCAGCAGCAGCAGCAACAGCAGCAGCAGCAACAACAGCAGCAGCAUAUACAGUCCAGUGGAGAGACGGUAUCAGCAGCAAAGAACAAGCCGAAGCGGCAGGAGCCGCAAGAACUAACAGCAGCAGCAGUUACAGAAGCAGCAGCAGCAGCAACAACAACAACAACAGAAACAGAAACAGAAACAGAAACAGCAGCAGCAGAAACACCAGCAGCAGCAGCAGAUCUGACUGCUCGAGAGCUGCGGGUUUAUUAUAUAACAGCCAGAGCCAAUGCAACAGCAUUUCUGCAUGCAGCAAUAGUAAUUCCUUCAGCAGCAGCAGUUGUUGCAGCAACCCUUCAGAAGGCAAGCACCGAAGUAGCAGCAGCAGCAGCAGCAGCAGGAGCAGCAGCAGAUGCAGCAGCAGCAGCACAUAGUCCUUUGCAUACACUCAAAUGGGUGCUGUGGGAUUGGGCGGAGACAAACGCCUUCUACAACCACCAGAGCUUCCUCCUAGACAUGUUGGCUUACUUGAUGGGGGGUUAUUUUCUGUGGGAUUUGUUUGAAUGCCUGAAGAAUAAAGAU